CAUUGAAACUGGAAGACAACUGUAGAGAAAGUGCCCCCUAGAAGAAGAUCUUCAUAGUACUCUUUAUCUCUUAACUCUCUCUCUCUCUCUCUCUCUCUCUCUCUCUCUCUCCACAGAGAAAUACAGCAGUAGCUGUAAAUUGUUCGAGUUCUUGAUGAGAGAGACAGAUAAAUUAAUCAAAUGUCUUAAAUGAUUUGAAGAGAAGCAAUAAACAUUGGCGGCGUUUGCAUCAGUUUCUUAAAUACCCUCAACAUCAUUACUCCCUCAUCUGCUCCCUUCAAAUACCAAACACGUCUCCAAGUCUACAAAUUAAUGAGCUAGAGAGCAAAAAAAAUAAGAAGAAGAAAUGGCUGGAUUAUUCUAUCUAGGGGGGAGAGAUAACAACAAACAAGAUCAUCAUCAUCAUCAAGACAAGGAUCAUAAUGAAGAUAAGAGCAACAAUUAUCUUUAUCUAUACAAGGACGAGAUCUACAACAACAACAAGGGUUUUGAGAUUUGGCCACCUCAAUAUUUUCAGCAGCAAAAUCAGGUGGCUGCUCCUACAAAUCUCUACUCUUUUGGUAUGGUCCCAAGUGGUGGCAGCAAUAACAAUAACCGGAGUAGUAGUCGGAGUUUGUACUUCAACGUCGUCUCCGAUCAUGAGCCGGUGAGAUCCUCAACGGGAGGGUUUACGGUAACAAGGCAAGGAAGCAUGAAUUGCCAAGACUGUGGGAAUCAAGCCAAGAAAGAUUGUCCUCAUAUGAGAUGUCGUACUUGUUGUAAGAGCCGAGGGUUUGAUUGCCAAACCCACGUGAAAAGCACGUGGGUCCCGGCUGCUAGACGCCGUGAGAGACAGGCUCAGUUAGCUGCCCUGCCAGCUAAGAGAAGCAGAGAGCCUAGCUUAGGCGACGAUGAUAUAGAGGGCGGUGAAAAUGGAGGUCAAGGCAGUGAUGGUGGCUCGGCUCUUGCUUGCACUACUCGUGUGGUUAAUGCUAGCUCUUCAGGGUUAGAAAGCAGUCAAUUACCGCCGGAGAUAAGUUCACCGGCGGUUUUCCGGUGUAUGAGAGUAAGCUCAAUUGACGAUGAAGACGAAGAGUAUGCAUAUCAAACGGCUGUGAGCAUCGGAGGACACGUGUUCAAAGGCAUUCUCUACGACCAAGGCCCAUCAGAUCACCGCUACAGCUCAAGCCCCGCCGCGGCAACCUCUCAACACCAUCUUAACCUCUUGCCCUCGAACGCUCCAGCAGCCACUACGGCCGCCGUGACCACGAGUAAUAUUAAUAACGCAUCGGAGGAACCUUCGUCUAUUUACACUGCAGCGGCGGCUCCGUUUAACCCUUAUGUCGCCGCCGGUACGCCUUUCUUUGCACCUCCUAGGUCUUGAGAUUGAAAUGUUAAAUCUUUAAAAUGUUUGUGAUUAAUUUACUAUGUUACUCUUAUAGUUAUCAGAGAACUUUGAGUACGAAAAAUGAUUAAUUCGAGGGUUUAGUUGUUGUCGGACAAUAUGGUAACUCUCGUACCUUGCUAGGGUUUGUGAGUACUGAACUACUGAUUAAUAUGCACAUCGUACGUUUUUUAGAGAUAAAUGAGGGUAUUUUAUUACUAUAAACUUUUUGUGUAGAAAGGAGAGAUUAAUUAUCACAUUUAAGUUAAAUGUCAGAGAUUGAAGUUUGAUCUUCUGCUUGUUCUUUUUAUUGAUCUUCCCAAAGCGAUCGACAUAACUCCUUUGUUUUUUUAUCAACGAUUUUUUUAUAAUAUGUCUUCUUAUUAUCUUUUUGAAGUUAUAUCUUCUGUACUAGUCUGAUAGUGGAUUCGCUUUCUGGGCGGUGUUGAACUCGAAGCUGCUUUUUCCCAGUUUAUCCGUUUGCUUGCCGGAUCUAAACAGGACUUAACUAGGUUUCGUGUUCAAUUGAGCAAACAAUUUCAAAUCUAUUUAUAUAAAAAGGUAAAACUUUUAUGCCACCCAAUCCAACUUCCGCAGAGUAAACCAGUAGAAACCUUAAUAUGAAUUUUUUUUAACAUUCAUGCAAUAUUUUAUUAGAGAAAAAGGUGGAAAAAAAACCGCAGGCUAAUUAAAUUAUGUAAAUGCAGUCGUAUCUUUCUAUGUAUACUAUUGUUUUGUAUACAAAACUAAAGUAUAGCGAUGAAAUUUCAACUGCCAGUAUAAUUAGAAUUAAGCCUUAAAACGAUCGAGUUUCUUGAGUUUCAAUGCAUGCAUGAGACACGAUUACCCGAAACAAAUUAAAUUAAGUUCCUUCCAGAGUUCCAGUAAUUGUCGGAUAAAUACUAAUCGUCAAUGAAAUUUUGUUGAUUGGUUCGCUUUACUGUGAUCGACAGUAGUUGCAAGUUGUCGUUCUCACAUGGAGAUGACUUGUUGGGGAAGAUCGGACGUUAGCGUUAAUUAUUGUGAAGAAAAAUCAUCAACAUUAUUUAUGAGGACAAUACAUUACAUGUGAAUUGUAUUAAUUAUUGUAGAUGAAUCAUGAAGAGUAUUUUAGGGCAUAUAAUUUACAUAAUUUGCAAGGAUGUGUGUACAUGUUCCU